AUGCAAACUAUCUCAUUCUCUGAUGGUAGUGACCCGAUUAGACAACAGGUCAGCCCAUCAUCAUCAUCAAACAAUCUAAAUAGUAAUAAUAAUAAUAGUAUUGCAGUUGCAAGUAGUAGUAGUAGUCAAUUGAGUCUAGCAAACAGCAGUUCACCUAUUAUCACAAAGAAGAAGGUCCAUCAUCAUGGACAUCAUGGGCCAUUAUCACAUGUCCACAUGCCCCAUCUUCCACAUAUGCCCCAUAUGCCACAUCUUAAACCAGGCAAACUAUUCCAUGGUAAAGGACUUAAGAAAUUAAGAAUGAUGUCCAAGAAGAAGAGACAGAGAAAGAAGUCAAAGUCAUAUCAACGAAGGAAACAAGUCAAUUCCUUUAUCAAUUCACCUGCCAUCACAACUCUUCUUAUUGUCGCUUCAAUAUUCAUGGUCUUCAUCGACGACUUCCUGGUGGCCACUGGAGCACCCAACUCUACAGCAUGCUACACAGCAGUGUCGGUGCUAAAGAUUGUUGUAUUUGUAAUAUUCACUGCUGAUAUCGUAUUGACAAGUUAUGCACAGCGACUACACUAUGUCAUAUCAUUCUUCUUCCUAAUGGAUCUGAUCUCGCUGGCAUCACUCGUCCCAGAUAUAGUCUCAUUCCUAGGCGGCUUCCACACAUUGGCCACGCUCAACUCUCUGUCGCUCAGCAGGACUGCACGUGUUGCCAGGAUCGCCUCGAGGAUUGCCCGUAUCAGCAAGGUGUUGAGCUUCAACAGAGACCAACGCAAGUCGGCCCAGGAGAAGGAGGAGCUGCACAUGCCCAUUCAGCCAUCGUCCGUGGGUCACAAACUGUUGUCCAAGACGUCCAACUACGUCAUUGUGAUGAUCCUGCUUGUUGUACUGAUCACCACACUCACCAACCCCGACAACACCACAUUGCAACCGAUGGAGCACUCUGUACUGGACUUGUUUGUGAUCACGGCAAGGUCCAGUGGCAGCGUCACCAGCCAACAGUUCAACGACACACUCUCUGGAUUCAUCGCGACCAGUGGCAACCCCGAGCUACUCUACCUCAACAUCCUCGACCAAGAGGUAUUCAAGUCCAGUGUGGACACGACCAACUGGUUCGAUGUAUACAUACUCAAGUCUGGCUUCAAUCAGAGCGAGAUAUGGAUUAGUAACAAGAAGUUCCAACAAGAUUCAGCUGCACUUGGCAUCACACUGACAGUGUGCAUCAUCAUUAUCAUCUCGUUGGGCACUUACUUUAUGUCGAGAGACUUCCAGGUGAUGGUGAUCAAGCCAAUCGAGCGAAUGAUGUCUCUGAUCAAGAAGAUCAGCUCAAUGGAGAGACAUGAUCACCCAUCGUCCACCACUGGCAGCGACUAUGGCGACACCGACGCCGACUUGGACGAGCACGACUUUGCCUCGGACGCCGAGUCCGGCAUGAGUGGCGACUCUGACUAUGAGACCGACAGUCUGAGCGGCUUCUACGACGAGAAUGAAGCGCACAUCAUCGUGGACAUGCUCAACGAUGUCGUCACCAAGAAGAUGGAGCAUCACAACCGCGCCAAGAAUGCUAUCGAAGGCCACACCCAGCUGUCCAACAACUUGGCAAGUCUUGGAGCUGCCGCCGCCGGCUUCCUGGCGCGCAAGCAGUUUGAGUGUUUGAAGAAGGCCUCAACACGCCGUGCACGCAUUGUCAAGGAGAUGCUCACCACCGAGCAAACUUACGUCGCGUCUUUGGCUGGUGCCAUCGAGGGCUAUUACAUGCCACUGCGAGCAGCCGGCUCUAACCUGGCCACACCGGAGCAGAUCGAGCACCUCUUCUGCAACAUUGAGGUGUUGCAUCAGCACCACAUUGGCUUCCUCGCCAAGCUCGAGGAGCGUGUAAACAGCUGGCACCACAACCAGGCGAUUGGUGAUCUGUUUGCCGAGCUCGAGUCCGUCGUGGACAUCUACACAACCUACGUCAACAACUACACCAACGUCGUGCCCACCAUCGAGGAUAUGCGUCGCGACAACAAGGUGGCCGACUUCUUGAUGGAUUGUCGUGAGAAGAACUGCAAGGGCAUCGAGCUCACCUCCUACCUGAUCAUGCCAAUCCAGCGUAUGCCUCGCUACGUGCUGUUGCUGGAGGACUUGCUAAAGCACACGUCCGAGGGUCACUUUGAUCUGGAGCCCAUUGGCAACGCGUCACGCUCGCUCAAGAAGGCGACCGUGGUGCUCAACGAGCGCAAGAGGGAGCACGAGAACAAGCACACCAUCCAAGACCUGUACAUGAAGCUGUCACCGCCCGUACCCGACAUCUUGGUGCCAGGCAACAGCAUCAUCCUGCAGGGCAAGCUGAAGCACGACGGCGAGAAGUUCUUCUUCAUCCUGCUCAACAGCGGCCUGCUCAAGGCGGCCAAAGAGUCGUCGACACAGAUUCAAGUCAAGAGCUACUAUGGCGUGCGCGACAUGACCGUCACUGUCAUCCAGGACUGCCCUUCAAUCAAGAUCGUCAACGCAUUCCAGAUCAAGCUGGAGGACCAGCAGAUGUUGCUGUUUGCCAAGACACCUGAGCAGCGCCAGGAGUGGGUCGACGCCAUUGGUCAGUUCACCAAGGUGAUGGUGGCCCGAACAAAGUCAGUCAUGUUGUUGUCGCAAUCGAAGCGAUCGUCGCAGGGUGGCAAGAGUCCCAUUAUGACCAGCAGCACAGGUAGCUCCAGUCGAUUGAGUGUGCCAGGUGGUGUUGGAUCAAGUGGACACAUGAAGUCCAGCUCAUCAUCAUUGUCGCCCAGUCUAUCAGGACUGAACAUUCCACAGAUCAGUGCGCCCAACUUGUCCAACUUUAUCAACGAAUCCACAUCCACAAUGAGUCCGCCUCAACGCUCGCCAAGGCCUGGACGUCCGUCCAAUAAAGACUAA